AUGCUGUCAUUGUACAUCCGUCCACGGCUCCACCCAUACAUUACACCAUCGAUUGUGACCCCAACGCGUACCCUCCUUUAUAAGCGGACAACGAAAAUCAAACGAACUCCAACACCGGAUCUCAACUUGAAUGCCAAACUGGAUGACCCCCUGGCCGAUAAUAAAUACUAUAAACGAACACCAAACAUCUUGCGUCCGCAUAUGCGUUCGAUGUUACUACACCCUGGUAAAUUUGUUCUCUCCGUUGCUGUUUUACAACAGAUUUUUACCAUUGUACCCUUCUUAUUCUUGUGGAAAGGUUAUUACAAUGGGUGGUUCCAUGUACCAUUUGAAAUGCCAGAACAACUAAUCGAACAUGCCAGGGGGAUGAUGGAGAAAGGCCUGACUCAAUGGGAUCCUCAAAUGGGGGACCGGGACACUGCCAUUGAAACAGGUGCUACCGCCUAUGCUACCGUGCGUGCAUUGACCCCCUUAAUAUGGGUCAGUGCUAUUUUAGGUGCGCCUUUUUUCGAAGUGAGGGCAAGAGCCUUAUUUAACAAGCUGUUGAAAUUCUUCAAGAGAAACAAUAACAAGAAGCAAUAG